GGUGCGGCCUCCGGGCUGCCGGGUCCAGUGGCACAAGGAUUGAAGGAGGCCUUGGUGGAUACGCUCACUGGGAUCCUAUCCCCAGUACAGGAGGUGCGAGCGGCUGCUGAAGAACAGAUUAAGGUGCUGGAGGUGACGGAGGUAUAGCGUAAGCACUGUCCACCUGCGAAGGGCGCCCCUCAAGGAUCCAGACGCACUCCUGGGCAUGUGGCGGGCACUGAGCCGAGCGGAAGGCGGCCACGCUCGGAAAAAGGCCAGUGAAUUUGGUGUUCACUUGGCAGAGCUGACUGUAGAUCCCCAGGGGGCACUGGCAAUCCGUCAGCUGGCAUCAGUCAUCUUGAAACAAUAUGUGGAGACUCACUGGUGUGCCCAGUCAGAGAAAUUUAGGCCUCCUGAAACUACAGAAAGGGCAAAAAUUGUUAUCCGGGAGCUAUUGCCUAAUGGGUUGAGAGAAUCGAUAAGCAAAGUGCGCUCCAGUGUGGCCUAUGCAGUGUCAGCUAUUGCCCACUGGGACUGGCCUGAAGCUUGGCCCCAACUCUUCAACCUGCUCAUGGAGAUGUUGGUGAGCGGAGACUUAAAUGCCGUCCAUGGAGCCAUGCGUGUUCUGACAGAAUUCACUCGAGAAGUGACGGACACACAGAUGCCACUUGUUGCUCCUGUCAUUCUCCCAGAAAUGUAUAAGAUCUUCACCAUGGCUGAGGUCUAUGGUAUUCGAACCCGUUCCCGAGCUGUGGAGAUUUUUACCACUUGUGCCCAUAUGAUCUGUAACAUGGAGGAGCUGGAAAAGGGUGCAGCCAAAGUCCUGAUCUUUCCCGUGGUACAGCAGUUCACAGAGGCCUUUGUUCAGGCCCUCCAGAUACCAGAUGGCCCAACAUCUGACAGUGGGUUUAAGAUGGAGGUCCUAAAGGCAGUGACAGCCCUAGUGAAAAACUUCCCAAAGCACAUGGUGUCCUCCAUGCAGCAGAUUCUGCCUAUUGUUUGGAACACCCUAACUGAGAGUGCAGCUUUUUAUGUGAGGACAGAAGUAAAUUACACAGAAGAAGUAGAAGAUCCCGUGGAUUCUGAUGGUGAAGUCCUGGGCUUUGAAAAUCUUGUCUUUAGCAUUUUUGAAUUUGUUCAUGCUCUACUAGAAAAUAGCAAAUUCAAAAGCACUGUUAAGAAAGCCUUGCCUGAAUUGAUUUAUUAUAUUAUCCUGUACAUGCAAAUCACUGAGGAGCAGAUUAAAGUAUGGACAGCUAACCCCCAACAAUUUGUAGAAGAUGAAGAUGAUGAUACAUUCUCCUACACUGUUAGAAUAGCAGCUCAAGACUUGUUGCUGGCUGUGGCCACAGAUUUCCAGAAUGAAAGUGCAGCAGCCCUGGCUGCUGCAGCCACUCGACAUUUACAAGAAGCUGAGCAAACCAAAAACAGUGGCACUGAGCACUGGUGGAAGAUCCAUGAGGCAUGCAUGCUUGCCCUAGGCUCAGUGAAGGCCAUCAUCACUGACAGUGUAAAAAACGGCAGGAUUCAUUUUGACAUGCAUGGGUUCCUGACCAAUGUCAUCCUUGCAGACCUCAACCUCUCAGUGUCUCCUUUCCUCUUGGGCCGGGCACUUUGGGCUGCCAGUCGGUUCACUGUUGCUAUGUCUCCUGAACUAAUCCAGCAGUUCCUACAGGCAACGGUUAGUGGUCUUCACGAGACACAGCCCCCAUCAGUUCGAAUUUCCGCAGUGAGAGCCAUCUGGGGUUAUUGUGACCAACUGAAAGUCUCAGAGAGUACCCAUGUGCUCCAGCCCUUCCUCCCCAGCAUCCUUGAUGGCUUAAUUCACCUAGCAGCCCAGUUCAGCUCAGAGGUCCUCAACCUGGUGAUGGAGACCCUGUGCAUCGUUUGUACAGUAGACCCCGAAUUCACAGCAAGCAUGGAAAGCAAAAUCUGCCCCUUCACCAUCGCCAUUUUCCUAAAGUACAGUAAUGAUCCCGUCGUCGCCUCACUGGCUCAGGACAUCUUCAAGGAGCUGUCCCAGAUUGAAGCCUGUCAGGGUCCAAUGCAAAUGAGGCUGAUUCCCACUCUGGUCAGCAUAAUGCAGGCCCCCGCAGACAAGAUCCCUGCAGGGCUCUGUGCGACAGCCAUUGAUAUCCUGACUACAGUAGUACGAAAUACAAAGCCUCCCCUUUCACAGCUUCUCAUCUGCCAAGCUUUCCCUGCUGUGGCACAGUGUACCCUUCACACAGAUGACAAUGCCACCAUGCAGAAUGGCGGAGAGUGCUUGCGGGCCUAUGUGUCAGUGACCCUGGAACAAGUUGCCCAGUGGCAUGAUGAGCAGGGCCACAAUGGACUGUGGUAUGUGAUGCAAGUGGUGAGCCAGCUCCUGGAUCCCCGUACCUCAGAGUUCACUGCAGCCUUUGUGGGCCGCCUUGUUUCCACCCUCAUCUCCAAGGCAGGGCGGGAGCUGGGGGAGAAUCUAGACCAGAUUCUUCGUGCCAUCCUCAGUAAGAUGCAGCAGGCAGAGACUCUCAGUGUCAUGCAGUCUUUGAUCAUGGUGUUUGCUCAUCUGGUGCACACUCAGCUAGAACCUCUCUUGGAGUUCUUGUGUAGCCUCCCAGGACCUACUGGCAAACCUGCCCUAGAGUUUGUGAUGGCUGAGUGGACGAGCCGACAGCACCUGUUCUAUGGACAGUAUGAAGGCAAAGUCAGCUCUGUGGCACUCUGUAAGCUGCUCCAGCAUGGCAUCAAUGCAGAUGACAAACGGCUACAGGAUAUUCGUGUGAAGGGAGAGGAGAUCUACAGCAUGGAUGAGGGCAUCCGCACCCGUUCUAAGUCAGCCAAAAACCCAGAACGCUGGACAAACAUUCCUUUGCUGGUCAAGAUCCUAAAGCUGAUCAUCAACGAGCUCUCCAACGUCAUGGAGGCUAAUGCCGCUCGCCAGGCCACUCCUGCAGAGUGGAGUCAAGAUGACUCCAAUGAUAUGUGGGAGGACCAGGAGGAGGAAGAGGAAGAGGAGGAAGAUGGUUUAGCUGGCCAACUUUUAUCUGACAUUCUUGCUACAAGUAAAUAUGAGGAGGAUUACUACGAGGAUGAUGAGGAAGAUGACCCUGAUGCCCUGAAGGAUCCUCUCUAUCAGAUUGAUCUGCAGGCAUAUCUGACAGAUUUCCUCUGCCAGUUUGCUCAGCAGCCCUGCUACAUAAUGUUUUCAGGCCACCUUAAUGACAACGAGAGGCGAGUUCUACAGACCAUCGGCAUCUAAAAAGGGGAGCCUUUCUACAUUUGCUCCUUCUGGCCCAGCCACGAACCAUUUUGCAGCCCUCAGUGGCCUUCAGAUGCACUUUCUUCUCAAUCUAAAGUGGCAUCUUGACCUUUGGCCCUUGGACUCAGCAGUGACACUGAUGACAACUCAGACCAGGCUCACCAGUGCCGGUCACUUAGGAAUGCUGGAACAAAGGACAUUUUUCAAAGUUCCCCUGAAGACAUCCCAUCUCUGGAACCUUUUUUCUCCCGCUGCCCCAACCUCUGUUCCUAGAGCCCUUUGCUGGCCAGUCCAGAAACAUUAUUGCCCAGAAGAAUUACGUGUUCAUGGAUUAUUUUGCCCUGCCUCAAGAGCACAGGAAGUCACUACCAUUUAUAUUCUGAAACAGACCUAUCUACGUUCAUAGGACUUCUGAUGUGUUCAUGGAAUCCUCAAGAGAGAUCAUUAUGCUUUCUGCCCUGGACCACUGCUACUCUGGGUUCUCAGGAGGAACAGGCAGGAGCAGCUUCAUUCUAAGCCUUUCCAGUGACCUCUGCCUUGCUUCCCUUCUACAACACUAAGGCUCCUCUGUCAGAGGAGGUCGUCCUGUUUUUGCCUCAUUGCAUGACAUAACCUUUCCCCUUAAGCUGUUCCUAUAUAUACAUGCACACACAAAAUAAGCCAGACAGAUGGCAAUUUGAUUUUCCUUUUUUAGAAAAAAAAAAUGGGGAAAAGCAAUUUUUUUUAAAUUCAUCUCGCCCAACUGUAUUUAAUAUGCCUCUCCCACACAUUACUAGAGUCUGAUAUUCAAAAGUUAUCCCCUCACCCUCAGGAAGCCUCUAAUGUGGUUAAGUUUUAGCCCUCAAAUUUGCAACAUGUAUUUUUCUAGGACAGUGGAGUAAUCUUUACAAAUGAAUUAAGUUGCAUGGUAUAAGGUGUCUCAGCACCUGUUUUUCUUCUAUUCCCUUUAGAAGGGAAGUAAGAGUAGUAGGGGAAAGGAUUAGGUGGAGCCUAUUUAAACAUUCUAAUGUGUCUUGGCAAACCUAGCCUAAAAUGAUUCUUAGAGUACUGGCAUUGUUUAAUCAAAUAUUUUUAAGGGAGAUUCCUUAAUUGGGAAGUUUAGUCUGUUUUGGGUUCAAAUAGUAAAUGAGGAUUAGAAAAUCAUGGGGAGAGGCUGGGUGUGGUGGCUCAUGCCUGUAAUCCCAGCACUUUGGGAGGCUGAGGCGGGUGGAUCACUUGAGGUCAGGAGUUCGAAGCUAGCCUGGCCAACAUGGUGAAACCCCAUCUCUACUAAAAAUGCAAAAAUUAGCUGGGUGUGGUGGCACAUGCCUGUAAUCCCAGUUAACUUGGGAGGCUGAGGCAGGAGAAUCGCUUGAACCUAGGAGGCAGAGAUUGCAGUGAGCUGAGAUCACACCACUGUACUCCAAGGCGAGACUCCACACAAAAAAAAAUCAUGGGGAGAAAGAUGAAGCCUUUUUUUUGAUAAUGCCCAUUUCUGGUGUCCCAUUUUUAGUAGCCACAGAAUAUUUCUUUAGAUUGGCAUUCUCACGAAGAAACAAUAUAAAGUGAAUCUGAAUCUCCACUCUUGGGGAGAGCCCCACUGUGAGCAUUGACUAUUGGAUUUAGGAAACCUAAGGAUAGUGUGGCUAGUAAUGCCUUCAUGCCACUAGGUGUCCACAGUGUUCAAACGUCCAUGACUGAGGUUGGAAGAAACAGUUAAAAGUUUUUACUAUCUUUGAAAAGCCUGCGGGCAUGUUCCAAUUGUCUCCUGCCAGCCAGAUUCUGAGGUUAAUCCUGCUCAUACCCCUGCUUCUUCUCCACAUGGCACUGGGGGAGUUGCUGGGGAAAUGGCAGAUCUGACCAAGUGGUGCUCAGAAAACUACUGUCUCAGCCUUGCUCACUCCAUAGUUAAGGCAAUGCCAGUCGGGUUUGGUGCUAAAGGCCUCUGAUUUUGGCACAAAAGAAUGGUCUCAUGCCAGCAGCAUUGAACUGCUGAGCUUGGGAAGGCUUAAGGCUCCCACACAGACUAAGAAUGAUGUGGGUCCCUCUGGGUUUGCUAAUUAGAAAAACAUUCUGUAUCUAGUGCCAAAAGUGGUCCUAAGUCCCUUGGCAAGGGUCCUUUCUGCUCUUCUGCUGAUUUGGGGGAGGACCAGGCAUCCUGCCUCAGGAGAACUUGAGUCCUGAGGAAAGAGUACUAGUAUCACUCAAGGGCCACCCCUGGCUAACAGUCAGCUGUGUCUGAGAGCAGAAGGUCUUGGACCCCUUGGCAUGCACGUACUUAAUUGUGUUUCCAGAGCAUUUUUAUAUACAUUGUCCCAUUAAACCUUUAUAACAGGAUCACAGAGUGGAUAUUCCCAUUCUGUUGGUGAGAAAAAGAGUUUAGAGAGAUCAUGUCCAGUGUCAGCAGGAAGGAAAACGAUCUGUUGGAGGCCAGUACGUGUUGACAGAAAGUUGAACUCUAAACCAUACUUUGUCUCCUGUCUUUGGCCAAAGGGAGCUAGCUUCAGUCUGAAAAGGGCAGCGCCAAGUGGUUAGAAGGAACUAAAAAGUUCAAGGUAAGACAAAUGAAGUAAAAAUAAAAAGGAGCACUUAGCUCUCUGAGACAUUAUAGUCUCCUGACUCUGGUAAACAGCAGCUGAGUCACCAAGGGGUUUCUACAAGUUUGUUGAGCUUAUUGGAGUGAACUGAAAGGAAAAUAGAAGAAACCCUAGAAGACUGAAAAGAAGUUCGAAGUUCAAGAAGGAAGCUGAUAACACAAGUUACAGGCGUAUAAGUGACAUUGAUUUGGGAAGUAAACCUACAACAAAUGAACCAAAAGCAGCUUAAUAAGAGUGAUGAGAGUUUAACAGAUGUUCAUUGUGGACUUCAGAGAAAGUGAUUCUGAACUGGCCUUAUAGUCUUCUUUAAUUUUGUGAACUGGUAAAAAUCUGGACAUAGUAAAGUCAAAGCAUUAGGGAGACAGAGAAGUUGGUAACUGACCGCCAACUAACUAUAAAUUCACUGAUUGUGGGUUGACCUGAUAUGCGCCCCCAGGACUCUGUUCUUGGCCCCUCUGAUACUAGUAAUUACUUUUUUUAUGCCUUACCCAUUUCACAAAAGAAUUUGAAUCCAUUUAUACAAGAGAUAGUACUAGUAAAUUAGGAAUGUUGAUCAAAUUUUUAGAUAACAAGAAACUCCUAGGAAGGAUGACAAUUUGUAAUCCAAAUUUAGGAUCCAAACACCAUUACAGCCUAUAAAAAUGAGCAGAAUCUAAAUGUAACAUUUCAAUAAAUGCAGAUUGACAAUA